AUGACUUGGAGAGUGAUUCAUAGUUUACCACAUUCUGACAUAUUCGGUUCAUGGGUUCAAGAAGCAUUGAAUAUUUCUAAACUGCUUGAACAAGAAGAUCAAGGCCAUACCAAAAUUCAGAUUGUGUCGCCUUCCUCUUCCGAAGCCCAAAAGCACUUGAUGGACUUGAAGUCGUUGUCAAUGGUGUCACCUCGUGAAGGAAAAGCAAUUAGCUUCAUAAAGGAAGAAGUGAUGCCUGGUCCGGCUUCGGUUGGGAUCUUUACGAUUUCACAGAGUUGUAGUGGAGUAGCUGCUAGAGCCUGCGGUCUUGUAAGUUUGGAGCCGACAAAGAUUUUAGAGAUUCUUAAAGAUCGCCCUUCUUGGCACCACGAUUGCUGGAACCUUGAAGUUUUUACAACGUUUCCUGCUGGAAAUGGCGGAACAAUUAAACUUGUAUAUACACAGAUUUUUGCUCCAACAACACUUGCUCCUGCGCGGGAUUUCUGGACCUUAAGAUACCCUACAAGUUUAGAAAACGGAAGUCUUGUGAUUCAAACUGUAAAGACAACUACUUGGGCACCAACUUCUUCAGGUCAAGCUCCGUUACCAAACUUUAAAAUCAUUUUUAUUUCACAAAUAUAAAGUUCUACUUUGAAUUUAUUAACCUGAUCUGGACCAACUGUUUCCACUAUUAACUACGACAAGCUGAUCUUUAUGAAAAUGCUUUGUCCGGGUAUAAUUCUGAUGAUAUCCUAUUUGACAUUCGUAACCCAAGAACCAAAGAAUAUUAGUUAUAUAUAUAUAUAUAUA